CUCCUCCUUCGGUGGGUGGCAUAAAUAAAAGUGUCAACGAUCUGAGUUGACAGGCAUUAAGAGUUAGGAGUAAAACGGGCACCAAAAGCUUUUUUUUUACCUUUCAAGUCUCAGGUUAAUGCUGCGUUUUCUUUUUCUGUCUUCUUCUCUCACGUUGAAGGUUUGCACAGGCAGUCAUGAGAGACUACGAUGAAGCGACAGCCUUCUUGGGAGACUGGGGACGCUUCCAGCGACUCAUGUUUAUCUUUCUUAGCGCCAGUACCAUACCUAACGGCUUCUCGGGAAUGUCAGUAGUUUUCUUGGCCGACACGCCUGAACACGAGUGUAUCGUUCCUUGGGAUGCGAACAUCAGUUUAGCGUGGCGGAACGUAAGUAUUCCCCUGGAGUCAAUGAACGACGGAGCAAUGAGAAGAAGCCAGUGCACGCGCUACAACCUGAGCGCGCUUCGUGACUUCACUGAUCGGCAAUUCUUGCCCGGCGUGGACGUAAAUGUGAGCACCAUCGCUCGGGAGCGCUGCCUCGACGGUUGGGAGUACAGUCGGCAGAGGUAUAUAUCAACUAUUGUGUCUGAGUGGGAUCUUGUGUGUGAGAACAACUGGAAGGGGCCGCUUACAGCAUCUCUCUUCUACUUUGGUGUGCUGACGGGUUCUUUUAUAUCAGGACAGCUGGCAGACAGAUUUGGGAGAAAACCAGUUCUUUUUGGGACAAUGGCAGUUCAGACAGCAUUCAGCCUCAUUCAAGUUUUCAGUCCAAACUGGGAAUUAUUCUGUAUUUUAUUUUUCAUUGUUGGCAUGGGUCAGAUCUCAAACUAUGUGACAGCUUUUGUACUGGGAACAGAAAUUCUGAGCCCCUCUGCCCGCAUCAUCUACUCUACGUUGGGAGUGUGCCUGUUUUUUGCUAUUGGUUAUAUGAUACUUCCAGGCCUUGCUUUCUUCCUCAGAAGCUGGAGAAUGCUUCUCCUGGCUUUAUCUAUGCCUGGGCUACUGUAUAUUCCCCUUUGGUGGUUCGUCCCUGAAUCUCCACGGUGGCUGUUGAGCCAAGGAAGAAGAGAGGAUGCAGAAUCAAUACUGAUAAAGGCUGCAAAAAAAAAUGGGAUUUGCCCACCAACCCCAAUAUUUGAGUCCACAGAGUUUCAAGAUGGUUUACAUGAGGAUACACAUUUCCACAGUAUACUGGAUCUUAUAAGGACUUCAAAUAUUCGUUCUAUUACCCUUGUGUUUUUAUAUAUUUGGAUGGCGGUCUCAAUUGGCUAUCAUGGUCUUUCCCUGAAUACAUCCAAUCUACACGGAGAUCCCUAUCUGAAUGCUUUCAUCUCAGCUGCUGUGGAGUUUCCAGCAUAUCUUGCAGCUUGGUUCCUUCUCAAACUCCUCCCAAGGCGGAUGUCAAUGUGCCUUACGCUCUCUUUAGGUGGAGCUUUACUUAUUUCAAUGUUGCUUAUUCCUGAAGAUUUAACUGCUGUUUCCAUUUCAUUAGCAAUGCUGGGAAAGUUUGGAAUCACAGCAGCAUUUUCUAUAGUUUACAUCUUUACAGCAGAGCUUUAUCCAACAGUUGUAAGAAAUAUGGCGGUUGGGGCCUGCUCUACAUCUUCACGGGUGGGCAGCAUCAUAGCACCUUACUUUGUGUAUUUAGGUAUAUUUAAUAGGAUCUUGCCUUACAUGGUAAUGGGAAGCCUCACAAUACUUGCAGGAGUUAUUAUUCUUCUCCUUCCUGAAAGUUUUGGAAAAUCUCUCCCCGAGACCAUUAAUCAUAUGGAAAUAAUGAAAGGAUUUAAAAGGAGAAAGUCAUGUGAUAUCAGAAGAGGUGGAAGAAGCCCUACAGUUUUAGCAUCAACAUUGUUAUAGUCUAUCUAUAAAGUAUUCUUUUAUCGUGUGCAACAUUUAUAGAGCAAACAUUCCUUGGUAAUUAUGUUACCUAGUUGAGUAUACACUGCUUAAAAUGUUGCAUUGUGGUCCCUUUUAAAAUUUGCUUUAUUUUUCCUACAAGUCUUAGUAAUAUUUGGGUCAAAUAUAUUUUAUCAUUUCUUUGGUGUUGGUAAAAUGAAAAGAAUGGUCUGCACAGUAUACUAAACUAUUAUUUAACCAUGUGAAAACAAAAGUAAAUGAAAAUAUUUUAUAGGUGUCUUGUGCAUAAAGCAUAAAACAGUCAACGGGUAAAGAAAUGUGCCUAUUGGGGGUUUUCUGAAAUUGUGUUUUAUAAAAGUUUGGAUUGCCUCUUAAAUCUGUUGCUAAGUUUAUACUUGGUUUAUUUUGACAACUUGCGCUGCCAUUUGAUGUAAACAUACUAAAAUAUAGGUUUAUUUUAAUGUUAUUUUCCUUUUUUGUAAAUGAUAAAACUACAUUUGUAAGUAUAUAUGUAUAGCAGUAUGUUUAAACAUGUUUUAUGUCAUUGUCUUAUACUUUAAAAUACUACAAAGUACACUAAAUCUCUCAAGUCUGGAAAUAAAUGCUUUAUUACAUGUAUACUUAUUUACAUACUACAGUGCAACAAUUAAAUUGAUUUUGUAAAUGGAGACUUUAUAU